AUGGAGAGAAAGGGUCCUAUUAGAAAUUACAAAUACAAAUCAGGAGCUCAAAAAAGAAAGGAGAAAUUAAGGAAAGAAGUCUUGCAAAAAAGUCAGGUUGGUUCUCUUAAUAAGUAUUUCAAUACAAAUAAUGUAGACAAUUUUGUAGGGAAUGACAUUGAGAAUCAGUUUGAUAUUGAAAGUAAUGAGAAUGAGAAAACUUCAAGUAAUGUGAAUGAAAAUGAAGGACUGAAUCAAACAAUUAAUGAGAAUGAAAAAAGUUCAAGUGAUGUGAAUGAAAAUGAAGAACUGAAUCAAACACUGAGUGAGAAUGAGAAUGAGAAAACUUUAAGUCGUGUAUUCAACUUUCCUUUUGAUAUUGAUGAUCCAGGAAAUUGGGAUAGGAUUGGUCAUAUUAAUAUGACAAAUUUUAUAGUUGAAAGAGGUCCAAAAAGAGUCAUUAAGGACGAGUUUACUAGGGAUGCUUUCGCUGAGGGAGGUUUUAAUGACUGGCAUAAUAUUUCUGAUCGAUUAAAAAGUCAUGAACGAAGUACACAACAUAUUGAGUCAAUUGCUAGUUGGGUGGAAUUAGAAAAACAACUGAAAAUGAAGUUAACAAUUGAUGCAAGUUUAGAAGAAUACAUUAAUCAAGAGAAAAAACAUUGGAAACAAGUGUUAGAGAGAAUUCUUGCUAUUGUAAAAAGAAUUGGGCAAAAUAAUUUGGCAUUUCGAGGAGAUCGUGAAAAACUAUAUGAUAAAAACAAUGGAAAUUUCUUACAAAUUAUAGAAUUACUUGCUGAAUUUGAUUCAACAAUGCAAGAACAUGUUCGUCAUAUUUUAAGAGAAAGUCCAAUAUUUGUUGAUGAGUAUUUUCUAGGAUUCAUAAAAGUUCAUGACACAUCAGGGCUUGGUUUGCUUAAUGAACUUUUAGAUGCGUUGAAUAUUCUUGGACUUGAUGUUGAUAAUAUAAGAGGACAAGGAUAUGACAAUGGAUCUAAUAUGAGAGGAAAGAAUAAAGGUGUACAAACUAGGCUACUUGAAAUGAAUCCUAGAGCAUUGUACAAUUCUUGUGCCUGUCAUUCUCUAAAUCUUUUACUUUCUGACAUGGCUCAUUUAUUUAGAGAUCAUGUACCUGGUUUCACUGUUAAGCCAUUAUCAGAAACGCGUUGGGAAAGUCGUGUUGACAGUGUUAAGGCACUAAUGUUCCAAGCUUCACAAAUAAAAGAAGCUUUAAAUUACUUGACAGAAAGUAAUGAAGAUGCCAAAACAAAAAGUGAUGCUGAGACUUUAGCAACAUAUAAUAUUCAUAAUUUUGAGUUCUUUGUGAGUAAGUAUAGAGAAACUGGUUUUGAGAAUGCUGCUUUGACUAAAGCUACUGAGAUUGCAAGUGUGAUGGAAGUUGAACCUGUGUUUAUUGAAAAACAAAAAAUUUACAGGAAAAAGCAUUUUGAUGAAAGUGUCAAUGAAGGGGUGACACAAUCAGCAGCAGAGUCAUUUAAAAUUGAUUAUUUUCUUUGCAUUAUUGAUCAAGCUAUUUCAUCAUUUAAAACCAGGCAUGCAUACUUUUAUAGUGCUUAA